AAGAUAGUCUGCAGGAGAAUAUACUGAAAACUGCAGCAAUAAGUUGCAGAGAUGAUGACAAAUAGAAGCCUCUCGCUUGCUUUUCAUUUGCUUCUUUGGUUGGCUAUUUCUAAUACAUUUCCUAUGCUGUUAGCAGUGACGAGUCACAGAAAGCAAAGCGGAGUUCACAAGCAUGAAGGAAGUAAACAUGGCGGAUAUGACCAUGAUUUUGAUCAUUUUACUAGUUUUUCCACUUCCUCAGCUCGCCAUAAUGGUUUUUAUAAGCCGCAUUCAAAGAUUUUUGAUGUCAUGUCUUUUGGAGCCAUGGGAGAUGGAAUUUCUGAUGACUCCAAGGCACUUAAAUCAGCAUGGAAAGCUGCUUGCUUGAUUCCUGGAGCAACUGUGAAGCUUCCAUCAGAGUUCAGAUUUUUCAUCAAACCAGUCACUCUCCAAGGCCCUUGCAAGCCUCACCUAACCCUCCAGAUAGAUGGGGAUAUCAUAGCACCUUCUGGUGUGGCUGCCUGGCCCAAAUCAAAUCUCUUCCAAUGGGUGAACUUGAAGUGGCUUAAUGAUUUCACCAUCCAAGGAACUGGCACAUUUGAUGGUCAAGGAUUUACAUUCUGGAAUUUCUCUCAAAGCCGACACACACAGAAAGAAAUCAAACAUCAGUCCCCUAAGAUGAGACCAACUGUUGUGAGAUUCUACAAGAGCUACAAUGUGACAGUUCGCGGUAUCCAAAUCAUCAAUAGCCCUCAAUGCCACCUGAAGUUUGAUAGCUCUCAGGGUAUCACAGUAAAAAACAUCACCAUCUCUUCUCCCAAAAAUAGCCCUAACACUGACGGCAUUCACCUUCAAAACACACAAGAUGUUGAAAUUAAGCAUUCCAACAUUGGAUGUGGUGAUGAUUGUGUAUCGAUACAAACUGGAUGCUCAAACAUUCGCGUACACCAUAUCAACUGCAACCCAGGCCAUGGGAUCAGCUUAGGAGGACUUGGGAAAGGCAAUAGCCUAGCCUGUGUCUCCAACGUCACUGUUGAUAGCAUCAAUGUGCAAAAUGCUCUGUCUGGAGUAAGGAUCAAAACAUGGCAGGGAGGUCUAGGAUCUGCCAGGAAUGUCACAUUUUCGAAUGUUCGAGUCUCCAAUGUUGAGAUCCCAGUUGUGAUUGAUCAGUACUACUGCAACAAAAGGGCAUGCAAGAACAAGACUAAUGCUGUGGCUGUUUCAGGAGUCAUGUACAAAAGGAUAACUGGGACAUAUUCAUACCAACCUAUGCAUCUUGCCUGCAGUGAUAGCAGUCCAUGCACUGGAAUCAAAUUGACCGAUAUCCGGCUAUCACCAGUUAAUGCAUCUCGAGUUCGGCAGGAGGCCUUCUGCUGGAAGUCAUAUGGGGAGUCACAAGGUACCCUUGAACCUUUAAGCAUUGGUUGCUUACAAAGGAGCAGUAGGCCCAUCAAGGCCCUAAUAAAGUCAUCUAAUCACACUUGCUAGGAAGAGCAUUAUAUGGUUAUUCAAUUUCUAGAGCUACUAUGUUGUUGUCAUGUGCUUCCCUUCUGAAUUUUUGACAGUAAGAAGGUGAUGGCUUUUCUGAUGUGUUGAGAUAAGCAGUGACUGAUUCAAAAUUUAAAUUCCAGAGAAGGAGGGAUUAUGUAAUACUAAUCAAAACUCAUCAUCAACAUCACCAUCUUCUUCUUCUUUUCAUUGAACUAUAUGUAGUUUUCUGACCAUUAUUGUUACCCUCUAAAAUCAAGAAUUUGCACUGCAUCUCAUUGUAAAUUGUUUGCAGGGUAGCUUUUGAGCUAUAACUCUUCAAUAACGUAGAUAACUAUCUUAUUAGGUGCAGCUAAUCAGUUUAUCAUGAAGUUCUCCAACCCAAGUGCACCAUUCAAAUUGGUGAAAUGUAAAAAGAUGCAGGAAGAUAAUGGUCUUGAGAUGACCAUAGCAUUGAGCAUGACAGUAGUGAUACUGCUAAACAUAGUACAAAACAUAAGAAGCAUUAUCAUUUGGUUCCCCUUUUAUUUUUGAUUGGUUGUGUAGUUUCAAAUAAGAAUGGAUAUGAUACCAAAAAUAACAACCAAGUCUUAUGUGAUAAAUAUCAUAUAUAUAGUGUAUAGAAGAACAAGUAUCACAACCAGCUCUAGCCAUGGCAAAUCAGCUUACCA